AUGUCGCAGGACCCCCAAGCUAAGCUGCCCGACCCAGAGGCGCCCGCUGCUGCUCGCAUCAUUUUCAGCAAAGCGGAACGCCCCACGCCGAUCUGCCUCGAGGGACUCGCGUGCAAGUGGGAGCAUUCGCCGGCAGCCUCAGUCCCCUUCACGGGUGUCCAGAUCGAGUACCGCACCUUAUCCAUCCACGUCUCGGAGUCGAGGCGCAUCGAGCAGGAGACCGAUCCCAAGCUCGACUCGGGCAAGAAGCGUGAAGAGUACUUUGCUGCCCUCACGUACCACGAGCUCCAGGUCGAGCAGGUCUGCCAACUCUUCAAUGUGAGCCUGGACCAAGGCUUGUCGGACAAUGGUGCUUCGAUCCGCCUCGCCCGUGACGGGAAAAACACACUCCCACGAGCCAAGACAAACUACAUCAAGUCUAUCUUGAAGUACCUCUUUGGCGGCUUCUGCUCCGUCCUGUGGAUCGGCGCCAUCAUCUUUUUCUUUGUUGGCAGCCCCUGA